AAUGCUCCCAUGAUGCAUUGUAAAUCGCGGUAAUCUUUUUUAAGUGCAAUCCGACAAUUAUCAGCCAUUUUCUAGAUAUAUGGUAUACAUAUAGAAAUAUAUUUUUACGGGUAUAAAAGAGCCAACUGAAAAGUGCGCUGGCUCUAGAGUGUGAAAUGUCGAAAUAUACGACAAGUGUUGUGUGCCCCGAACCAAAUACGUUUUAUUAUAAUGCCAGUUAUUCGAACAAUUCAAUUGUGGAUAUUAAUGGAUUAAAUUAUUCAGAGAAGAAAGUUCCCGACGAUAUAUACGCGCCCAUUAACAAUCAUUGUUUCAUUCCAAAUACGGCUGUGAGAACAAUAAAAAAACGCAACACGGCAAAUAAAAAAGAACGCAGGAGAACGCAAAGCAUUAACAGUGCUUUCUACAAACUGCGCGGAAAAAUUCCCAAUGUUCCUUCAGACACAAAAUUAUCUAAAAUUAAAACAUUAAAAUUGGCCAUAUUGUAUAUAAAUUACUUAGUGGACGUUUUAGAUGGUGAUCAGGAUCCGAAAAGUGGAUUCCAAGCAGAUUUAAAGCUGUCGAAUCGGAAAGUUUACAACGAAAGAAAACAAAGAAAUGAGAAUGCUAGUUUACUGACAAAGGGUCGUACUGGUUGGCCACAAGAUGUGUGGGCUUCCGAGCUUGUUCCUGAACAAAAUUCAUCUUGUACAUGCUAAAAAAUACUACAUAAAUAAAAUAUCGAUAAUAAUUAAGGCCUUUUGACUGUUUAUUACAAGUUUCUAAACUUCAUUUUG